AUGCUUUGUCAAGUCCAUGGCAUCAACACAUGAUCCUCUUAUAGGCCCACCAGCCUUCAAUCUCGCCGAGACUUGAAACAUCUUCUUCAUCCCAUUACAUCUAUCUAUAUCUAUAUAUAUUUUAGAAUCUAUAUCAGAGAGAGAGAUUUCGUUGUUAUAGUUGUUUCCUUAAUUGUUUUUUAGCAAGAAUGGCUAUUGAUGAUUCCUUUAAGAAAGAAGGAACUGUACCAUUCAAGUGGGAGAUCCGACCCGGUGUGCCCAAGAUCCAACAACAGCAGGGGCAGCGGAGUAGUCACGACCGCUUGUUUCAACUACAACAAUGGCAAUCAAGCGAUCAUAGCCGUUCAUUUCCUAGUACAUCUCAAAAGCUUAAGCCUCCGCCUUCCGGGUUGUACUUCCAAGCUCCACCAGAGCGCCAUGCCAGGUCCUCCCGCUCAAUCCCACAAAACCGGGCCGAGCGCCACCGUUUCGAUAGACCCAUUCUUGCCCAACCGGAAUGUGUUUCGCCCGGGUGUUUCCCAACACCAUUGAGAAGGAAAGACAACAAUAAGAAGGGAAUCCGCAGGCCCAAACCCGAGUUUGAGUCCGAACCCGACUACACUUCGGACCUUGACACCCUAUCCCGGUGGUCCGGAUCAACUCGGAGGUUCAUCUCUCCGUUUCGUGACUCACCCUCUUCGGCCUCGUUCUCGUCCUACCGGUCAUCGCCACGACCCGUUAGUGAUGUUGAAUGGGCCGGGUUCGGACUCUUUUAGAAACGAGAGAUGUCAUUUUUGUUUCUUUAUCGGAAAAAAUCUCCUACUAUGCAUGCAGAAGACUCAAAGCAGUUACUCGUUUUUACUUUAUGAAAAGAAGAAAUAACAAUAAGCCAUGGGCUUGAUGAUAUAAAAAAAUAUAUGUAUAUUAUGCUACAAUCAAUUUUCUUGUUUUACGGUAACUUGAGAAUUCUCUCAGACCACGGUCUUCUAGUUAUUGAUCUCUACUACUCUUUUAGAAACACCAAUGAUAGUAGCUUUUAGCUACAAACUCCAAAUAAUUAAAAUUUAAAUAUGUUGAGUGUAAAAGCACGUUGUGAGGUUUAUUAAUUGUAAAGUGUGAGUAGUAGUUGGUUUAGAUUCACUUAUUGUGGCGAUAGAUGUAGGUUGGUGUGAAGUGAACGGAUAUAAAUAGGUACGAAAUAAACUAUCAGACUGGAUGAAUUACAAAUUACAUAAAAAAUGAAAGAUGAUGUACCUAUAUAUAUUAGUAAUAUCUCCGAACAGACGUUAUGUUGGGACUCGAUUAUUACGGUCUCUUUCUUA